AGCCGGGGAUUCUCCCGGCCGUCCUUUGCGCGGCGGGGGACGCGCUGCCAGCCGGCGGGAUGGAGCUGCUGUGGGCGACGUUGGGGCUCCUACUGGCCCUGGCCCUGCUGGCCUUCGUCCUGUACUGCUGCUACGUGCAGUACAUCCACGCCAAGUACGACUACAUCCCCGGCGCCCCGCGGGAGAGCUUUUUUUUUGGACACCUGCCAAUCAUAUGGAGAAUGGUGAGGAAACAGGAGUUCACACCAGGUCUCUUGCUGCAGUGGGCAGAGAAAUAUGGACCAGUUGUACGAAUUAAUGCCUUUCACAGACUCUCACUAUUGAUUGUGAGUCCUGAAGGAGUGAAGGAGUUCUUGAUGUCACCACAGCACCCGAAGGAUCCGAUGGUGUAUGGUAGUCUCUUCAGCCUGUUUGGUGAGAGGUUUCUAGGGAAUAGCUUGGUAACUGUUUGCAACCAUGAGCAUUGGCACAAGCAGCGGAGGAUAAUGGAUCCAGCUUUCAGCCGAAGCUACCUGGUUGGUCUGAUGGAGACAUUUAAUGAAAAAGCAGAGGAGCUGAUGGAGAAGCUGGAGGAAAAGGCAGAUGGAAAAACAGAGUUUAGCAUGCUGUCGAUGAUGAGCCGGGUGACCAUGGAUGUCAUUGGAAAGGUAGCCUUUGGCCUGGAAUUGAAUGCACUGAGUGAUGACCAGACACCUUUACCCAACGCUGUGACCAAGAUUAUGGAGGGACUGAACAAGGCACGGGAUCCCUUCAUAAGGUUCAUGCCAGGGAAGCAGAAGCUGGUAAAGGAGGCCAGAGAGAGUGUGAGGCUGUUGAGACGUGUGGGGAAGCAGUGCAUUGACCAGAGGAGAGAAGCCCUCCAGAAUGGGAAAGAAGCUACAAUGGAUAUUCUUACACAGAUACUGAAAGGAGAUGCUCUGGAGGAGACUAGAGAUGAUGAAAACAUUCUGGAUAACUUUAUCACUUUCUUUGUUGCAGGUCAUGAAACCAGUGCCAAUCAGAUGACAUUCACAGUAAUGGCACUGGGUCAGCAUCCUGAAAUACUGGAAAGGGCUCAGGCUGAAGUGGAUGAGGUUCUUGGUGCUAAGAGAGAUGUUGACUAUGAGGAUCUUGGCAAGCUCACCUACUUAUCACAGGUUUUGAAGGAGUCGCUGCGGCUGUACCCGCCCGUCUCGGGGACGCUCCGCAGGCCGCAGAAGGAGCACGUCAUCAAUGGCAUCAGAAUUCCUGCCAACACCACGGUCUUUCUCAACACUUAUGUAAUGGGAAGGAUGGAAAAGUUUUUCAAGGAUCCACUUACUUUUGAUCCAGAUCGAUUCAGCAAAGAUGCACCUAAGCCAUAUUACUGCUAUUUUCCAUUCUCUCUGGGACCCCGAUCCUGCAUCGGGCAGGUGUUUGCACAGAUGGAGGUAAAAGUGGUGAUGGCAAAGCUGCUGCAGAGGUUUGAAAUACAGCUGGUGCCAGGACAGAGUUUUCAACUCAUCGAGGCUGGAACCUUAAAGCCACUAGAUGGAGUAAUCUGUAAAUUAAAGCCAAGAAGCUCUGCAAGAAGCUGCAAGGCAUGACUGCUCAGGGAGAGGAGUGUGGUGUGCUACUGUUAGUUUCUUCUGAUUUUGAAGAUCUUGGCACUAAUCAAAAGUUAGAUUUUGUAGAUCCCUUUAGAGGAUUACUAGACUGAAAUUAUUUCUAACCUUCCUUAUAAUUUAUUGAAGAAAACCUUACGAGAGUCA